AUGAAUGAACCCCCUUUAGAAACUCCUCCUAUAGAAACAACCGUACUACUUCUCGGUGAUCCAGGUGUCGGUAAAUCGACCUUUUUAUCCCAACCCCCCUCCAACCUAUCCUCCACCGACACCUCCAACCAAGCACACCUCCUCCUCGACUCCCACCAACCCUUCACCUUCGGCAUCCGCUUCUCCAACAUCCCAUACCGAAUAAAUUUCUACGACACCUCUUCGCCCAUCGACUGGAAAACCUUAACCCCCAAAGUCGUCGUACUCUGUUAUGCCGUCUCAUCACGCUUGAGUUUGAUUAACGCGCAGAGAUUUUGGGCCAAAGAACUCCAAGCCGCCUUUCAAUACGAACUCCCCAUCCUCCUCCUCGCUCUCAAGCGAGAUCUACGAUCGGAAAAAGAUCCGAACGGCAUUAUCUAUCCGCAAGAGGGCCAUCGUGUUGCGCAGGAAUUGAGAUGUGAUCGAUAUAUGGAAUGUUCAUCCCAAACCGGCGAGUUAAUAUCCGAAGUAUGGGAGGACAUUAGUCGAACCGCCGUCUUAGCUGCUGGAGGAGGGAGAGCCGGUCAGAAUGGUGAUCGGGGGUUGAGUGACGGGGGGUGUGUGAUUAUGUAA